AUGGCCAAGUCCGUUGCCGUCAAGAGCUCCAAGGUUGCCAAGGCCGAGAAGAAGGUCGCCAAGGUCGAGAAGAAGGCUGUUGAGUCCUCAUCCUCUUCAUCCGAAUCUGAUUCUGACUCCUCAUCCUCCGACUCUUCUGAUUCCGAAGAGGAGAAGAAGGAGGCCGAGAACAAGAAGGCUGACUCCUCUGACUCUGACUCUUCCGACUCUGAGGAGGAGGAGGAGGAGGCCAAGGAAACCUCCGAGUCCGCCGCCAGCUCAGACUCAGAGUCUACCAAGCGUAAGACCAGCGAGGAUAGCAGCGCCGUCGCUGCCAAGAAGACCAAGACUGAUGAUGCUGCCGCUCCUACUUCGGCUACCGUCUUUGUUGGUGGUCUUUCCUGGAAUGUCGAUAACGACUGGCUCCGCACUGAGUUUGCUGAGUGCGGUGAGAUCAUCGAUGUCCGUGUCAUUACCGACCGUGACACCCAGCGCUCCAAGGGAUUCGCCUACAUCGAGUUCACCAAUGCCGAUGGUGCCAACGCUGCCUUGGCUUUGGCUGGAAAGGAUAUCGAUGGCCGUGCCAUCCGUGUCGAUCUCUCAGAGUCCCGUCCCAAGAAGGAGGCUGGUGCCAAGACCUUCAACAACGCUCCUCAGGGCGAGGCCUCUGACACGAUCUUCAUCGGCAACUUGUCCUUCAACGCCACCGAGGAUGAUAUCCGCGGUGCCUUUACCGAGUGUGGAGAGAUCAUUUCUGUCCGUCUGCCUACUGACCGCGAGACCGGCCAGGCCAAGGGUUUCGGUUACAUCCAGUUCUCCUCCAUCGAUGAGGCCAAGGCUGCUGUUGCCUGGAACGGCUCUGACAUCGCUGGUCGCCCCUGCCGCUUGGAUUUCGCUGGAAAGAAGCCUGAGCGCUCUGAGGGUGGUGGAUUCGGUGGUGGUCGCGGUGGCCGUGGUGGCCGUGGUGGUGGUCGCGGCGGCUUCGGAGGUGAUCGCGGCGGUCGCGGUGGUCGUGGUGGUGGUCGUGGCGGUUUCGGAGGUGAUCGUGGCGGUCGUGGCGGUCGUGGUGGUCGCGGAGGCUUUGGAUCGUUCUCGGGCUCCAAGGUCACCUUCUAAAUCCCCAUACGGAUCUUUAGGCUCUUCCAAGGCCCAUCUUUACAAGGCACCGAUGAUUCCCUUACAUCUGUUUCCCAUUUAUUUGUCCCUAUAAUCUGUGUCCUUUAUUUGCAUCGUUUUUUUUCUUUUUCUGUUAUCUUGCAUGUUUCUAUUAUAUAUUUUUUAGAGCACGAUCGUUUGUACCAUAGUCAUCUUUUGUUGUCUCUGUAGUCGCCACCUCCGACGCAUCUGAAUGCACCAUUUCACCCACGGCAUACUAUUUUGUGUAAUAUAACAGAAUAAAUCAUCAUGUCAUCAAAAAAAA